AUGCGAUCUCUCCAAAACCAAGUUUUAGCCUUGACUGCAGCACUCGAGAUAAAUACAGAUUUCCAAAAACUACCGUUGAAAAAUUCAGAUGAGGCAGAGCCUGAAGAUGCAUCUCUUGCAUUUAAUUCAUUUGUACAAGUCUUGAAUGAAAACACUGGAGAACGAGAAUUUUGCAAAUGCAAACGUGGACCUAUUGGGCCACCAGGUGCUACAGGUUCGAUGGGAGCUCCAGGAAUGCCUGGUCCACCAGGACCACCUGGACCAGUCGGUCAACGUGACUCUCUUGAUUUUGUCCUACUGGCACUAGCAGAUGCUCGACACGAUUUGGUGGCUUUACAAAAGCGAGUUUUUGCUGGAGAACGAAUUCCAAGAUUCGACGUAAGAUUGGCCCUCAGACGACAACGCAUGAAAGAAAAACAAAAGAUUAGGCAAAAUAGAAAUUUCCAAUCAGGUGUAGGUGAUGCAAAUAGUGCAGCAUUCAAUGAUGAUGAACAAUUUUUUGUGAAAGAUACAAAACAUCUGCAAUUGGAGGAUGUUUCCAAUGAAUCGAUGUUGUUGUUUGAAACUGCAGAAGAAACCCUGUGA